AUGAAACGAACACCAUUUGAUCUCUUGGUGGUUUUCCUUGCAAUAAUUCCGCUCCACUUUGCUUCCUCCGAUACAUUGCCUUCAACAAGGCCAACGAAGUGCCAUGAGCAGGAGAGGUCUGCCUUGUUAGAAUUCAAGCAAUCUCUCUUCGAUGCGGAAAUUUGCCCAUUUUUGGGCGACCCGUCGAAGCUAGAAUCGUGGAAGCUGGAAGACGAGGAUUGCUGCAUCUGGGAAGGUGUGGAGUGUGAUGAAGGGACAGGCUACGUGACUGGCCUCGACCUUAGCCAAAGUUGUCUCUCCGGUCCUAUCAACUCAAACGCCAGUCUCUUCCGUCUCAGUCACUUGCAAAGCCUCAACCUUGCCUGGAACGACUUCAAUUACUCUCAAAUACCAUCUGCGAUAGGUGAUUUUGUGGAGUUGACGAGCCUGAACCUCUCUUUCUCCAGCUUCGGAGGUCAAAUCCCGUCACAAGUCCUAAAGUUGACUAACUUGUCCUCCCUUGAUCUCUCUGGGAAAGGACUGGAGCUGAGGAAUCCUAGCAUGGAGACUGUGGUUCAAAGGUUGACCAAAUUGGAACACCUUGAUCUUAGCUUGUUGGAAGUGUCGGCUCCUUUUCCCGAUGCUGUGGCAAAUUUAUCUUCCUUGACAUCACUUGUACUCCCAUACUGCAACUUGCAAGGGACGUUCCCAACAACCAUCUUCGAGCUGCCGAGGCUACAACUUCUUGAUUUGAGUUACAAUCCAGAGCUGUCAGGUCAUUUACCAGUGUUUCACUUGCACAGUCCCAUUAAGUCGUUGUUUCUUAGGGGGACCAAUUUUUCAGGUAUGCUACCACCUUCGCUUGGAAGCUUGGCUUUCCUCAGCGAGUUUGAUAUCAGUAACUCCAAUUUAUCUGGGAACAUUCCAUCUUCAAUAGGUAACCUGACUCAACUUACCAUCUUAAAUUUCAGAAAUAACAAACUCUUAGGUGAAAUCCCAUAUUCCAUUGGGAAGCUCGUCCAACUCUCCUAUUUGGAUCUUAGCAUGAAUCAACUCUCUGAGAAAAUUCCUACUUCCUUGAUCAACCUCACCAACCUCACUUUCUUAAACUUCCAUCACAAUCAAUUAACCGGUCAAAUUCCAGCUGAGAUCAUUGGCCUCACCCGAUUAACUUAUCUCGACCUAUCCUUUAACAGAUUAACUGGCCAGCCAAUUCCCGAAGAUAUCUCUAACCUCGAGAAUCUUACUACCCUCGACUUGCAAUCAAACAACCUGAAUGGAACUUUGCGGCUAGAUGUGGUACUCAAACUUCAACAUUUAACGGUGUUGUCACUCUCAUUCAAUGAAUUCUCAUCAAUUGUUGAACCCGACCUGAAUGCUAGCCUUUCAAACCUGUCCGCUCUUGGCUUGGCUUCUAGCAACUUAAGUGAGCUCCCCAUCUUCCUAUCAUACCAAAGUGGGUUGGAAUGGUUGGACCUAUCCCAAAAUAGCAUUUAUGGGCCGACACCUCUGUGGUUCUUAAACGUGAGUAUGGCACAAUUGGGGUUUUUGAAUCUUUCCAGAAACUUAAUUACUAGCUUCACAGCUAUUAAAUGGCCAAAUCUUAUGACAUUGGACCUCAGGUGCAAUUAUAUACAAGGAUUACUUCCGAUUCCCCCGAAGGCCAUUGAAGUUUACCUUGUCUCGAAUAACAAGCUAUCCGGAGAAAUAUCACCGGAGAUGUGCCAGCUAAGCUCUAUUGGCAUAAUUGAUUGGUCCGUGAACAAGUUGACUGGUGUUAUUCCGCCAUGUCUGAGCAAUUUGAGCGAGAACCUUUACAUCUUGCGUUUGCAUGGGAAUGAUUUAUAUGGAAGAUUUCCUCAAUUGCAGAAUAACGAAUGUGCGUUAAAUAUGAUAGAUGUUAGUGAUAACCAACUACAUGGGUCACUACCAAGGGGAUUAGCUAAUUGUAGUGGUCUCGAGUUUCUCGACUUCGGAAAUAAUCAGAUCAUUGACACCUUUCCUUCGUGGAUGGGCUCGCUUUCUGAUUUGAAGGUGCUCAUUUUGCGCUCCAAUAGAUUUUAUGGAGCCAUAGGGGAACCUGAAGAUGGUGACCAGUUUCUUAAACUACGAAUUGUUGAUCUAUCCAUGAACAAGUUCUCGAGUAGACUUCCAUCUGAAUACUUUGAUAUAUGGAGUGCCAUGAAAGUCCACGAUGCAGAUGAUGCAAACUACUAUGGGAAUAAUCUGCCCAUUUUCCUCCCAUCUCCCGUGAACGAUGGAAAGUACGACUAUUCAAUGACAAUAAUGAACAAAGGCAUUGUCAUGGAGUACGAAAAGAUACUGGGAUACCUCAACGUGAUUGAUCUUUCGAGCAACAACUUUACUGGGGGAAUCCCGAAUUCUGUUGGAAGUUUAACUGAACUUCAACUGCUCAAUCUCUCCAACAAUGCUCUUAGAGGCCCCAUCCCUUUGUCCCUGGCGAAUUUGACCGGACUAGAAUCUCUUGACCUUUCAAGCAAUAAGCUCUCGGGGAUGAUCCCUCCAGAACUCACGCAACUCAUUUUCCUUGCUUUCUUCAAUGUGUCGGACAACCAUCUUUCCGGGCCCAUACCUCAUGCGAACCAGUUCUCUACGUUCGAGAAUGACUCUUAUGGAGGGAACUUAGGACUGUGCGGAGUUCCACUGACAAAGAAAUGCGGAAAUCCUGUUGAAGCGCCCCUGGCACCACCAUCUGGUGCAUUCGCCGAAGAGGACUCAGGGACAUGGUUCGAAGAACUUGACUGGAAAAUCGUCUUGAUGGGUUUUGGAAGCGGGCUGGUCAUCGGCAUGGUUAUGGGGCUGACCAUGACUUCCAGAAUUGAGCGUUGGUUCCUGAGGUUCUAUAGACGAAGGCAACAAAGACGGAUACGCCAAAUAAGGUUUGCGUGAUUUACAAUCUGUUGUGAAAGUUUAAUGACUGGAUUGCUGAUUGCUAGGUGCACAUAGUGGCAUACCUUUUCGAUGUGUUCUGCGCU